AUUUUUUUGUUUAUUUUGAAAAAAAAAAAAACUUGUUAUAAGCGAACUGGUAGGCUCGAUUAUGAUUUACGACGCGAACAAGUUUCCUCUGUCUCUUUACCUAGAAGAUCCUAUAUUCUUCAUUCGUUUUUCGAUCAAGCUAAACCCUAAAUCCAGCUCCAAUUUCCCCUUUUUCUCCUCUGUUUUCCUAAUAUCAAGCCCUAAUCGUUGUACCAACCUUGACUCCGUCAAACGCCAAAUCUCCUUGAUUGGCUCUGAAUUUGAGAAAACUUGAUGGAUAAUAACAAUUGGAGGCCUUCUCUUCCAAACGGAGAGCCUGCCAUGGAUACAGGUGACUGGAGAACGCAAUUGCCACCUGAUUCUCGUCAGAAGAUCGUCAACAAGAUAAUGGAAACACUAAAGAAGCACCUUCCAUUUUCCGGACCAGAGGGAAUUAACGAGCUCAGGAGAAUUGCAGCUAGAUUCGAGGAGAAAAUUUUCAGCGGUGCUCUUAACCAGACUGAUUACCUUCGGAAAAUAUCAAUGAAGAUGCUGACAAUGGAGACUAAAUCACAAAAUGCAGCUGGUUCUUCCGCAGCUAUCCCUGCCGCUAAUAAUGGCACAUCCAUAGAUUCGAUACCCACCAAUCAAGGCCAACUUCUUCCAGGAUCGUUAUCAACCAAUCAAUCUCAAGCACCUCAGCCGUUGCUGUCCCAAACCAUGCAGAAUAAUACUGCCUCUGGAAUGACGGGUUCUACUGCUUUACCAUCUUCCAUGCCACCUGUUUCUUCCAUAACCAAUAAUAACACCACAAGCGUUGUGAACCAGAAUGCCAAUAUGCAAAAUGUAGCUGGAAUGUUGCAAGAUUCAUCUGGGCAGCAUGGCCUUUCCUCGAACAUGUUUUCAGGACCCCAAAGGCAGAUGCUGGGUAGGCCACAUGCUAUGUCUUCACAGCAACAACAGCAGCCAUAUCUUUACCAGCAGCAGCUACAGCAGCAACUUCUCAAGCAGAACUUCCAGUCAGGGAAUGUUCCCAAUCCCAAUUCGCUUUUGCCAUCACACAUUCAACAACAGCAGCAAAAUGUGCUGCAGCCUAAUCAACUGCAUUCAUCUCAACAACCUGGUGUUCCAACAUCUGCGACUCAGCCCUCCACUGUGAACUCAGCUCCUCUCCAAGGUCUCCACACCAAUCAGCAAUCAAGUCCGCAAUUGUCUUCUCAGCAGACGACACAAUCUAUGCUUCGUCAGCAUCAAUCGUCGAUGCUAAGGCAACAUCCGCAAUCACAACAAGCCUCUGGUAUCCAUCAGCAGCAAUCUUCAUUGCCGCAACAAUCAAUUUCUCCUCUACAGCAGCAGCCUACACAAUUAAUGCGGCAACAAGCUGCAAAUAGCUCAGGCAUCCAACAGAAGCAGAUGAUGGGGCAGCAUGUUGUUGGGGAUAUGCAGCAGCAACAUCAGCAAAGGUUACUGAACCAACAAAAUAAUGUUAUGAACAUACAACAGCAGCAGUCGCAGCAGCAACCACUGCAGCAGCCACAGCAACAGCAGAAACAGCAGCCACCGGCCCAGCAGCAGUUGAUGUCUCAACAAAACAGCCUCCAGGCAACGCAUCAGAACCCACUGGGCACUCAAAGCAAUGUUGCAGGAUUGCAGCAACCACAACAACAGAUGCUCAAUUCCCAGGUUGGCAAUUCGAGUUUGCAGAAUAACCAGCACUCGGUGCACAUGUUAUCACAACCAACGGUUGGGCUGCAACGAACACAUCAGGCUGGCCAUGGCUUGUAUUCUUCUCAGGGACAACAGUCACAAAAUCAGCCAUCACAACAGCAGAUGAUGCCACAGCUUCAAUCGCAUCAUCAGCAGCUGGGUUUGCAACAACAACCUAAUCUGCUACAACAGGAUGUGCAACAAAGGCUACAAGCUUCAGGCCAAGUCACUGGUUCCCUGCUUCCACCUCAAAAUGUUGUGGACCAACAGAGACAACUAUAUCAAUCCCAAAGAACCCUUCCGGAGAUGCCAUCAUCAUCGCUGGAUUCGACAGCACAGACGGAAAGUGCAAAUGGAGGUGAUUGGCAAGAGGAGGUUUACCAAAAGAUCAAAUCUAUGAAAGAGACUUACUUACCAGAUCUGAAUGAAAUCUACCAGAGAGUUGCAGCAAAGUUGCAGCAAGAUUCUAUGCCACAGCAACAAAGAUCAGAUCAGCUUGAGAAACUGAGACAAUUCAAAACAAUGUUGGAGCGAAUGAUACAAUUUCUAUCUGUUUCAAAGAGCAACAUCAUGCCCGCAUUAAAAGAUAAGGUGGCUUAUUAUGAGAAGCAGAUUAUAGGUUUCUUAAAUAUGCACAGGCCGAGGAAGCCAGUACAGCAAGGGCAGCUUCCGCAAUCUCAGAUGCAGCCUAUGCAGCAACCACAAUCUCAGACAGUUCAAGAUCAAUCCCAUGAUAACCAAACAAAUCCGCAGAUGCAAUCAAUGAGCAUGCAGGGUGCUGGGCCAAGGGCACAACAGAGUAGUAUGACAAAUAUGCAGAGCAAUGUUCUAUCAUCUCGUCCUGGAGUUUCAGCUCCACAGCAGAACAUUCCCAGUUCCAUACCGGCUUCUAGUUUAGAAUCAGGCCAAGGAAAUACCUUGAACAAUGGACAGCAGGUUGCCAUGGGAUCUAUGCAACAAAAUACUUCUCAACUAGUAAAUAACAGUUCUGCCUCUGCUCAAAGUGGGUUGAGCACACUGCAGUCGAAUGUGAAUCAACCCCAGUUAAGUUCCAGUUUGCUUCAGCAUCAGCACCUCAAGCAACAGCAAGAUCAACAAAUGCAGCUCAAACAGCAAUUUCAACAGCGCCAGAUGCAACAGCAACAGUUGCAAGCAAGACAGCAACAGCAACAGCAACAGUUGCAAGCAAGACAGCAAGCGGCACAAUUACAGCAGAUGAAUGAUAUGAAUGAUUUAACAUCGAGGCAGGGGAUGAAUGUCAGUCGUGGGAUGUUUCAGCAACAUUCUAUGCAGGGUCAGCGUGCGAAUUAUCCUCUUCAACAGUUAAAACCAGGAGCUGUUUCGUCGCCUCAACUUCUGCAAGGUGCAUCUCCUCAGAUGUCACAACAUUUGUCUCCUCAGGUUGACCAGAAAAAUACUGUCAACAAGAUGGGAACUCCAUUGCAACCUGCAAAUUCCCCUUUUGUUGUCCCAUCUCCUUCUUCAACCCCCUUGGCUCCGUCCCCUAUGCAAGUUGACUCUGAGAAACCUGGUUCUUCUUCGUUGUCAAUGGGAAAUAUUGCACGCCAACAAGCAACCGGCAUGCAAGGUGUAGUUCAGUCCCUAGCAAUUGGCACUCCAGGGAUCUCUGCCUCUCCUCUCCUUCAGGAGUUUACUAGUCCUGAUGGGAAUAUUUUAAAUUCUUCGACAAUUACAUCUGGAAAACCGAGUGCUACUGAGCUGCCUAUUGAACGCCUUAUUAGAGCCGUGAAGUCCAUCUCACCACAAGCCCUUUCUUCUGCAGUAAGUGACAUCGGAUCUGUUGUAAGCAUGGUUGAUCGGAUAGCUGGUUCAGCACCAGGAAACGGUUCAAGAGCUUCCGUUGGUGAAGACUUGGUUGCAAUGACUAAGUGCCGUCUCCAAGCAAGAAACUUCAUGACCCAAGAGGGAAUGAUGGCGACUAAGAAAAUGAAGCGUCACACAACCGCAAUGCCACUAAGCGUUGCUUCACUGGGAGGAAGUGUUGGUGAUAACUACAAGCAGUUUGCUGGUUCAGAAACAUCCGAUCUAGAAUCUACUGCGACUUCGGAUGGCAAGAAGGCAAGAACUGAGACCGAGCAUGCCCUUUUGGAGGAAAUAAAGGAAAUAAACCAGCGGCUGAUAGAUACAGUUGUUGAGAUAAGUGAUGAUGAAGAUGCUGCUGAUCCUAGUGAGGUUGCAAUAUCAAGCAUAGGGUGUGAAGGAACAACAGUUAGAUUCUCGUUUAUAGCUGUUUCUCUCAGCCCAGCCUUGAAGGCUCAUCUCUCAUCAACACAAAUGUCUCCUAUUCAACCAUUGCGUCUGCUGGUUCCUUGUAGCUACCCCAAUGGCUCUCCAUCUCUUCUAGAUAAACUCCCGGUCGAAACCAGGUACAAGCAAAUCCUUCAGUCUCAAGUAAAUAGAACCAUAGAUUUUCCGUACCGAGUCGAGCAAACUUCUACGAUACAGUUAAAAUCUUCACAAGAAUCAUCUACUAGAAACCCUUUAUUAGAAACUGCGUUAUCUUCUUACCGUAACACGGUCUGGUUUCUUGAACAGCAAAGAAAACGAGGACCUGUCGUCCAAAGCUAUGGCAAGGUUCAACAUAUUGCUAAGAAGUUUGUCACAGCCGAUGUCGCUCAAAGACAUAGCCAAGACAUGGGACGCCUGUGCUCGGGCAGUGAUCUGUGAGUACGCACAGCAAUUUGGCGGUGGAACUUUCAGCUCAAAAUACGGCACUUGGGAGAAAUAUGUAGCAGCUUCCUGAAUCUGACGGAUCUCUCUCGUCUUCAAUAGCAGCUCUGUGAUUCACUUGCAGGUUCAUGUCAAAACUAAAGAAAAAAAGCCAAAAAGUUUUUUCCUCACUUUUUGUUGUAUAGUAUAAGUUGUUUUCCCACACACGUGAUUGGGAUUUUUUGUUAUCUGUUUGCAAAAGCUUAUGCUAUAUUAUUGAAUAUAUUUAAAUAAUAUUAUUUUAACUUUAUUGUAUGUAUUUUGUGAAUCUUGUUAGUAUAUUCGUCAUUUUCUUCUAAUUCUGAAGUGCAAUUACCCCUUUUUUGGGGUCUUGCUGAAUGUUGUAUUUUGAGAUUUGUUGUAAUACGCAUUUUGAGAUCGUUCAGAAGAGUUUCAACUUCUUUACUCUGUUCAGUUGUCACAAUAAAAUGGCUGUUUGA